ACAAAACUUGCGACGGAAAAGGAUAUAUUUGUACAGCUGAAAAAGUCAGCUUUAGCCACCGCGAGUGUUGUGCGAGUGAGUGAAGUGUUGUUCCAGUGUGUAUUGUUUUGUGUGUUUUCGCGACGGGAAAGAACUGCCGGGCUUGGAAUUUAGCUGCCUUGUUGAAGCCUUUGGGGCAAACAGGCUCACGGUGGAUUUCAAACUCAUUUGGCAACCGCGCAGAAUGGGAACAGGUGACAGAUUGCUAGACAUACCGUGCAAAGUGUGCGGCGACCGCAGCUCGGGCAAACACUACGGCAUCUACAGUUGCGAUGGUUGCUCAGGGUUCUUCAAACGCAGCAUCCACCGGAAUCGGGUGUACACGUGCAAGGCGGCCGGUGAGCUGAAGGGCCGCUGUCCAGUAGAUAAGACCCACCGUAACCAGUGCCGUGCCUGCCGGCUUUCCAAGUGCUUCCAAUCGGCCAUGAACAAGGACGCCGUCCAACACGAGCGUGGCCCGCGGAAACCGAAACUCCAGCACCUGCAAACGAACGGGGGCCACCCGGGCCAUCCUCAUCUGGCCGGCCCGUUCGUGAACAGUGCAUCGUACGGACACGCAAUGUCCCACUUCCCGCCCGGGCUGCACCAUUCCGCAAUGGCCGGCUCAAACGCGCUGCUGCACCAUCCCCAGCCGCUCUCCUUUGCACCGCUCGGCCACCAUAUCGGUCCCUCGUUACUGCCGCCGGUCAAGCUGGAACAGAACAAGUUCGAGUUUAGCCUCGGUACAUCGAACGGUAGCAACGGUGGCAACGGUGGCGGUGCCGGUCAAAUGCCGGGAGGCACGAACCUGCUGUCCCCGAUUAAGAUCGAGCACGGCAAAAUGAUGACGUCCGUCGGUGGGUUCGAGUUUUCCGCGGCCGGGCACGUGCAGCACAUGUACAAGUCGCUGGAACCGAUGCCCCCGUCGCCGACCGAUUCGAAGAGCUCGAUUAGCGUGGACUCGCCGUCGGAAAGUUUGACCAGCCCGCACUCGACCGUGGACGGCAGCUCGAGCGUGCUCAGCCCGACACCGAUCAACGCCGCCAGCCUAAGCCUUCCGUCCCCGCUGUCGCAGAACGGUGUGCUCGACAUCCUGAUGAGCACGGACAAGUGCCAGGAGUUUAUCCAGUACCAGAUGCACAACAGUAGUAUUGCGUUCCCUGGGUUCACGCCCGUUAGCAGCGCCUCGAGUGGAAUUUCGGUCGCACCGCCGUUGCCGCCACCCACGCAUCAAGGUGUACCGCCGCCAUCGUCACUCGCGCCAUCACACCCACCAGGACAGUCUGUCUCAACAGCGACAGCUUCGCCCACGGGACUGGCGCAUCCAACACCAACGGCAGCAGCAGUAACGCCACAUCCACCACCACCACCGCCACCACUCGUUCCCCAUCCGAUCGCGCUAACUGCGCUGCCGCCCGAGGGUCCAACCAUCAUCAGGCUUCCUACCUGGGAGAUUUUACAGGAAACUACGGCCCGGUUACUGUUCAUGUCCGUCCGAUGGGUGAGGUGCUUGAUCCCGUUCCAAACACUCUCCAAAAAUGACCAACACCUACUGCUACAGGAAUCGUGGAAAGAGCUGUUCCUUCUCAACUUUGCCCAGUGGAGUGUACCGUGGGAUCUGAGCGGACUGCUCGAUUCGCCCCAGGUGCGGGACCGGUUGCCACCGGACGCAGCGACCCAGCUCGAGAUGAAGACGAUGCAGGAGAUUCUCUGCCGCUUUCGCCAAAUUUCGCCCGACCUAAGCGAGCUGGGAUGCAUGAAGGCGGUAAUCCUGUUUUCACCCGAAACGUCCGAACUGUGCGACGUCCAGCCGGUCGAGAUGCUACAGGACCAGGCCCAGUGCGUCCUGUCCGAGCACGUGCGCGUUCGCUACCCGCGCCAACCGACCCGGUUUGGGCGGCUUCUUCUACUCCUGCCGCUGCUCCGUACCAUCCGGUCCACCACCAUCGAGACGCUGUUCUUCAAGGAAACGAUUGGUACCGUGCCCAUCUCCCGGCUCCUGAUCGACAUGUACCAGAUGGAAAAGUACACCGAUCUGGAGGGUGGCGGUGGCGGUGGUGGUGGUGGUGCAGGGACACCACCUACACCGAACGGUGCCCUUACGCCAAAGGCAUAAAUCGGUGCGACAGACUUCGGGUUUACUUUUUUUAUUUUCCCUGUCCUGUUUUUAAGAGAAGCAGAAAACCUAACCGCGCACAACAGCGCUUCUCAUCGCUGUCCCAAUUGCUGCAGUUUGCAUGUUACUGAGGGUACAAGUAUUUUUCCAACGCUUCCGGCUGUUUGAGUUUUAUUCCGCACGGUUACAGUUGUGCCCAGGAUUGGGGAUGUUCUUUUGUUUCUUCCUCCCUAGCUUCACUUUAUUUCGCUCAAUUUCAUGUGUCCUCUUUGUGCUGAUUACAUGGUGGGCAACAACUUUUUGUCCUCAAGUGAAGUAAAAAAAUUGCAGCAAAAAAUAAAUGGUACUACACCACAUCACCAUCCCGUCUAGAAAUCAGUCGGUGCGAUCAGGUUCUCAGAAAUGUUUUUAUGGCCGUGAAGAAGUAGAUAAAAACCACACAAGCACAAUUGGAAAAACAAUUUAGCUGACCGCGAUACCGAUGUACGGUGAAAUUGUGUUAUUUUUUAAUUUGCAGAAUAAAUCUAGGAAAAAUAUUGCGCGUGAAGAGGAAUUGUGCGAGCUGGUUUACUUUUAGACUCACCUACAAAGGUUGAACACGCUUCUCCGAAUAUAGCGACUAGCGAGAUAAGAAAAGUCGAGCUAGCAAGACAUGAAGCAGAGAAACUGGUGUAGCGGAAAAAUCAUACUCCAGUGUAGGUACAGGUACCGUUGUCCAAAUGUAAUCUGUUUUUGGUACAUCCUUUCCGCCCCAGUAGAGCAAACCACAGGCAACCAUGAUGAUGAUGAUAACCAGUUUCUGUUUUGUAAAAUGUUGUACAUUUUUAAAGCGUAAUUUAAUCUAGAAAUGAAUCAAACAUGAACUUAUGGAACGGCGAAACUAACGGGUGUUAAAUGUUAGCAUUAAAAUGAAAGAAACGAUCAAUUGAAUGAAUCGCUCUGGGGACACAAAGGUAAGUUUUGAUGCAUCUUUACCAAACUGAUAACACC